CCCCGAGCGCCGCGAGGCCGGCCGCUGAGCGCCGCCCGGAGGCGGAGGCCCGGCCCGGCCUCGGAGCGAGCGCCCGCCGCGCCCGGCUCCCUCGGCUGCCGGCGUCCCGCGCCCCUGCCCGCGCCCGCCGCCGCCGCCGCCGCGCGGCCCGGCCCGAGCAUGGAGACGGCGGAGAAGGAGUGCGGCGCCUUGGGCGGGCUCUUCCAGGCCAUCGUCAACGACAUGAAGAGCUCCUACCCCAUCUGGGAGGACUUCAACUCCAAGGCCACGAAGCUGCAUUCCCAGCUGAGGACCACUGUGCUGGCUGCUGUGGCCUUCUUGGAUGCCUUCCAGAAAGUGGCAGACAUGGCCACCAACACCCGAGGGGCCACGCGGGACAUUGGCUCGGCGCUCACGCGCAUGUGCAUGCGCCACCGCAGCAUCGAGACCAAGCUGCGGCAGUUCACCAACGCCCUGCUGGAGAGCCUCAUCAACCCGCUGCAGGAGCGCAUCGAGGACUGGAAGAAGGCGGCCAACCAGCUGGACAAGGACCACGCAAAAGAGUACAAACGAGCCCGGCAUGAGAUCAAGAAAAAGUCUUCAGACACGCUGAAGCUGCAGAAGAAAGCACGCAAAGGGAAAGGAGACCUGCAGCCUCAGCUGGACAGCGCCCUGCAGGACGUCAAUGACAUGUACCUGCUGCUGGAGGAGACAGAGAAGCAGGCAGUGCGCCGGGCCCUGAUCGAGGAGCGCGGGCGCUUCUGCACCUUCAUCACGUUCCUGCAGCCCGUGGUGAACGGCGAGCUGACCAUGCUGGGAGAAAUCACCCACCUGCAGGGCAUCAUCGACGACCUGGUGGUGCUGACGGCGGAACCCCACAAGCUGCCCCCCGCCAGUGAGCAGGUGAUCAAAGACCUGAAGGGCUCGGACUAUAGCUGGUCCUACCAGACCCCCCCGUCUUCACCCAGUGGCUCCGGCUCACGGAAGUCCAGCAUGUGCAGCGCCCCCAGCAGCAGUAGCAGCUCCAAGGGCGGCGGAGCCCCGUGGCCCGGGGGUGCCCACACAUACUCACCCGGUUCCACCUGUCGCUACCGCAGCCUGGCCCAGCCAGCCGCCGCCCGCCUCUCCAGUGUCUCCUCCCACGACUCUGGCUUCGUCUCCCAGGACGCCACCUACUCCAAGCCCCCCUCACCCAUGCCUUCCGACAUCACCAGCCAGAAGUCCUCCAGCUCUGCGUCCUCAGAGGCCUCGGAAACCUGCCAGUCCGUUAGCGAGUGCAGCUCCCCCACCUCGGACUGGGCCAAGGCGGGUCCCCACGAACAGCCCUCGGGCACCAGCCUACAGCGGAGGAAGGACCGAGCGGAGCACCCACGAGACCCGGAGCCAGGCCUGGCCAGCGGGGGCACCCUGGGCCCCAGCGGAGAGGAGGCGCCGCGACCCCGCAUGUCCCCUGCCACCAUCGCAGCGAAGCACGGCGAGGAGGUGUCCCCCGCGGCCAGUGACCUGGCCAUGGUGCUGACCCGCGGCCUGAGCCUGGAGCACCAGAAGAGCAGCCGGGACUCGCUGCAGUACUCCAGCGGCUACAGCACGCAGACCACCACGCCCUCGUGCUCCGAGGACACCAUCCCCUCCCAAGGCUCCGACUACGACUGCUACUCGGUGAACGGGGACGCGGACGGCGAGGGCCCGGCCGAGUUCGACAAGUCCUCCACCAUCCCCCGCAACAGCAACAUCGCCCAGAACUACCGCCGCCUGCUCCAGACCAAGCGCCCGGCCUCCACCGCGGGGCUGCCCAGCGCCUCGGGCGCGCCCCCCGGCGUGGCCACCAUCCGCCGCACGCCGUCCACCAAGCCCGCCGUGCGCCGCGCGCUCUCCAGCGCCGGCCCCAUCCCCAUCCGGCCGCCCAUCGUGCCGGUGAAGACGCCCACGGUGCCCGACUCCCCCGGCUGCGCGGGGCCCACGCGGGCGGGCAGCGAGGAGUGCGUCUUCUACAGCGACGAGGCCGCCUCGCCCCUGGCACAGGACCUGGCCAAGGCCUCCCCGAAGAGGCUGAGCCUACCCAACACGGCCUGGGCCGGCCCGGCCCCCGAGGCGGCCGGCUACGCAGGGCUGGCGGCGGACGACGAAGACCAGCAGCAGCUGGCCGCCAACCGGCACAGCCUGGUGGAGAAGCUCGGGGAGCUGGUGGCGGGCGCCCACGCCCUGGGCGAGGGCCAGUUCCCUUUCCCCACCGGCCUGGCCGCCGCUGCCGCCCCCACCGAGACGCCCAGCCCGCCCCCUGCCGCCUCGGGCGAGCCCCCGGCCGAAGACAUGCUGGUGGCCAUCCGCCGCGGGGUGCGCCUCCGGAGGACCGUCACCAACGACAGGUCGGCGCCCCGCAUCUUGUGAUGGCGCCCCCCUCCCCUGUGGCCCCCGCGAGAGGCAGGUGGCCUGGCAGGUGACCCGCAGCCACUCAGAGCCAAGGCACAGCGAGGAGACAGCAGACAGGCAAGCUUUCAGAUUUUUUGUUUAAGUCACGUGGGAUGGAAAGACACUCAUCUUGGAUUGCAGCAUUGAAAUGGGAAGUGACUUGUUUAACAAAGCUCACCAGCUCUGAGCCUGCAGGUCUUGAACUGGGUUUGGAGCCUGUUUUUUAUGUUUCUUGCCUGUUCUGCUCCUCUUCCACAGGUCCUGCCCUCCCCCCCCAACCCCCUGUCUUCUCCCCCCCACCCCCACCCCCCGUCUCUGGGAGCCUACCUGGGCCCGCCCGCCCUAGCUCAGGCCAUCUGGCCCAGCUUCUCCCUGGUCAGUGGUGCCUGGGUCUUCUGAAUACUGUUCCCCUCCGCCCCUACCCGGUCUCCUCUCCUCUCCUCUUUCCUCUCCCCUCUCCCAGGUUCCUCUCGAUUAGGGAGGCAGGCUGGCUGUGGAGGGGCCAGGUGCCCAGUCGGCUAAGGUGUCAGAUUUGACUGAAAAAGCUACACAGAACGGCACUGGAGGUGGGGAGGUUGAGGUUGGGAGGCCUAGGCUGCUGUGGACGAGAGAGGCCCACAGGCCCAGGGCCCCAAGUUGAGUCUUGGGGAUCUGUUUGGAGGUGGCUGUGGAGCCCGAGGGGCCUCAGGUCCUAGCUUCCCCUCGCCGGGGAGGUGUGCCUGGGGCUGAGAGGCAGGGCAGCAGGGAAGGAAUCCAGAGGCCCGAGGGGCAUCUGGCCAGCCCUCCAGGAGCUGCUUUCAGAUGUGUGGUCCUCACCUGGGCACGUUGAGCAUUUAACUCUGGUGGCACUUUGGUCCAAAGGUGGUUUCGGGCACCUUUGAGGAUAGGGGCUGGAGCUGUAGAGGGUGUGGGGGUUAUUUUAUGAAUAUAAUAAUAGAGCUGACUGGACAAGGACUGUGUGUGGGGACAGGGUGGACAGUACAGGGUGUCCGAGAGUGCCUGAGCGACAAGGGUCCUCACAGUGGCCUGGUGGGCCCAUGGCAGGAGGAGGAGGGCCACAUUGGCUUCCCCAAAGCCAAAAUAAGGUUGGAGAGGGCCAGGGUGGGGGGGCAGGCAGCAGGUCUCCUUGGAUGGGGCUGGGGUGCGGUCCAGGGAGCUUGGCUUUGACUCUCUGUUGCCAGAGGAGAUGCCAUCCUGGUGCAGUCCCCUCGGAGUCCAGUCCUGUGCUGGCAGUGGGUGCGGGGUGGGGGUGCCCGCCAACUCGAAGCAGGUAGAAGCAGGUGCGUCUAGGGCGAGUGGAGGGCUUCCUGUUGUCCUGCAGGCCAGCAGAGAGGGUGGCCGGGCUCAGAGGGCAGAGGGACCACAGGGUGGGCUGGGGGGGUGGGGCUCCCGAGGUCAGGAGAGCAGGCUUUUCCUGGUCGGGAUGGGAUGGGGUUGGGUCUGAGUCUCAGCGCCAGGCUGGAGCUCCUGGUAGUUCUGCAGGGAACCGGGAUCCAAGCAGGGUGGUCAGGCAGGUCUGGGGAACCAAGGCAGCCCCUGGGUGGAUGGAGCCCCCCCAGGCUCCCAAGGGCAGACGGAGAAUGGUAUCUGUAAGUUGCUAGGUCUGAGAACAGCCUUGCUGAACGCUCCAGCCAACCGGAGAGCCCAGGUUAGGGUGCCUGGAGAGAGGGCCCAGGCGAGGGAGGGCCUGAAGAGGCCGGGAGGGCAGGUGGCCCAUUGGGGAAGGCCCGGGAUGGGGUUUACACUGCCCCUUCCCCGCAGGGCUGUGCUGGCGUUUACCUGGUGGGUGGAGGGAGUAAGAUGCAGGAUGUGUGAUGUUAGCAGGGUAAGGGGUGGAGGGGUGGCUUGGGAGGCCCAAGGAGGGGGUGGGCAUGGCAGAGCCACCCCGCCUCCAGGCUCAGGCCUCCUCCCAGCCACCCCAGGGUUGUACAUAACUCCCCCAUUCCCUUGACCACCUAUCUAUCUGUCUCCCAUUUAGUGACCACCUCUUAGGCCCACCCCCUUGGGAUCCGAGCCAACCAUCCCGCAUCACAAACUUUGGUUUGGGGGACUUCGUGUUUUUUUUUUUUUUUUUUUUCAUUUGUACAGAGAAAUAUUCUUUUCAAAAGCGUCUUUUGACUGAAGUAACUUUUCUGGUGCUGUUGUUAACUUGUUCCUUUUUUUAAUUUAUUUCCCCACCCGGGUCUCCCCUCCUGGUUCCUACUCACCCUUUCUUCCCUCCCCCCCCCCCCCCCAUCCCAUCUGACCCAUUUUGUUUUUCUUUUCUUUCUGUCCGUUUUUGGAUAAAUUCUCCUCGCCUCCCUGCCCCUUCCACCUCCCCCCCCCUGAUUGAAAUAGUCACUGCUACGAGUAACAAAUGCACUGUGAAGACUCCAGUAUUAAUAAAGUUGUACUGUAAUUAACA